AUGGCAGAAGAGCUGCAAGAGGAGGUCAAACCGGACGGAACACCACUAGACACAGAAACUCCUCGCGAAGCUGAGGCUGCUGUUUCCCCUAGUGGUGGGGUAGAUGUCGAUGCUCAGGAAAUGGUCAUUGCCUCGCUCCGCCUUCAGGUGCAAGAUCUCUUUUCGCAGGUUAAUCAGCUCAACAACAAGCUGGUGAAAUUAUACGAUCGGGUCUCCGACCUCGAGGAUAAUCUCCCUCAUCUCUCCGCUCUAAACACAGGUUUACUCGUUGAAAAAUCGCAUAUUACGGCGGAACUCAACAGGCUUAUGGAAAAGGCAACGGAGGAAGCAGCUCAACGCGGUCAGGCAGAGUCGGCUAGGAAUGCUAUUGAGAAGGAUCUUGAUGAUCUUAGCGCAACACUUUUUGGCCAGGCGAACACAAUGGUUGCGGAAGCGCGAUUCGCUCAACACCUUAGCGAACGGAAAGUGGAGGACGCACAAAAUGCAUUGAAGGGAGCGGAGGAGGUUGUCAGUCUCAUGCAAAAUCAGAUGCAAGUUCUGCAAGCAGAGAAGGAGCUCGCAGACAAUAAAUCGCGAGAAAUGGAGUUGCUCAUUGGCAAGGGCAAGUGGGUUCAAAGAGGCGAAGUGGACCAGACGCGUUCUCUGAAGUUACUGAGCUCGCAUUCUCCAUACCAAGAAUUUCUUCUCUUUGUGGCCCAUUUACGUUUGCUGCGUCCCAAUUCGCCGUACCCACCUGCAAUGUCAACGCUCCUGCCACUACCCUUCUUGGCGCGGCUUGCAUCAUGGCUUCGUUCUCCCCGUGAGAAGUUUGGGAAAACAAGCACCCUGCAGAAAAAUGAGCGAGUAAAGAGGAUACGCGAUUUCAGUGGAGUGAGGGCUGGACAAGGUUUCAUGUUUAAUGCCUUUAAGUUUCCUUCUAUUGUUUGUAUCGAGAGGGCGGUUUAG